AUGGAGAACAGCAAAGAAUGGUCUAGUUCUUUUUGGGAUUGCUUUUCCCCCGCAAAAACAUGCCUACUGGCAUCGUUUUGCUCGUGUUGCCUCCUAGGGAAAUCUGCCUCUCGUCUCAAAUCCCCGGCACUUAAGGAAUAUAGCUAUGUCAACGGCGAAUGCUGUAUCUAUGCUGCGUCCCAUUACUGCUAUCUGUGCUGGAUUCCUUUGAUGAUGAAGCGACGCCAGAUCCGUGAACGCUUUGGCAUUAAGGGGUCCAGCUGUAAUGACUGCAUGGUGGCCUGCUUUUGUCCGUGUUGUUUGCUUGUACAGCAGGAGAAGGAGUUGGAGGCUCAAUGUCUACUUCUAGAAUCGGGGUAUCAGGCUCCGAAAGGGAUGGAAUAUGCUGAAUUGAGCUCUGCAGCUCCGAAAGGGAUGGGAACUGCUGAAUUGAGCUCUACAUGA